GGAUGUGGGGUUUUGGUGGGAGGCACUAUUGGGGGAGGAAGGAGAGAGGUAAGGCGGAGGGCAUAGUGGUGGUGUUUGCGUGGAUGUCCAGUCAAGACAGGCACUUGAAGAACUAUGUUGAUCUCUACUCAUCUCUGGGCUGGGAUUCCCUCGUUUGCCACUCCCAGUUUCUCAAUUCGUUUUUCCCUGAGAAAGCUGCAGCGCUGGCAUUAGAAAUUGUGAAUGAGCUUGUUGAGGAGCUAAAAGUUAGACCAUGCCCAGUUGUCUUUGCAUCUUUCUCUGGAGGCCCAAAAGCUUGCAUGUAUAAGGUUCUUCAGAUAAUUGAUGGCAAAUGUGAAGAACAAUUCAAUUUGGGUGAAUACCGUCUAGUUCGUGACUGUGUUGCAGGACAUAUUUUUGAUUCUUCUCCAGUAGACUUUACUAGUGAUCUGGGAACUCGGUUUGUUCUUCACCCAACUAUUCUCAAGAUGUCGCGCCCUCCACCCUUGGUUUCAUGGGUUGCAAAUGGCAUUGCUUCCAGUCUGGAUGCACUCUUCCUUAGCAGAUUUGAAGCACAACGUGCUGAUUACUGGCAGACUCUAUAUGCUUCCACUAGUAUGGGGGCACCAUAUCUCAUUUUAUGUUCAGAAGAUGAUGAUCUUGCUCCCUAUGAAGCUAUUCGUAAUUUUGCUAAGCGGCUGAAAGACCUUGGGGGUGAUGUUAAUCUCGUAACAUGGAGUAGUUCAUCCCACGUUGGUCAUUAUCGACGUUAUCCUAUAGAAUACAAGGCUGCUGUAGCAGAGACUUUUUUAAAAGCCUCUUCGAUCUAUUCCCAAAGGACUCGCCAACUCGGUGGUGAAAAGAUGGGUUUGGAAGAGACCCACGGUGGUGAAACCUCUGAGCAAUUAUCCAGCCUAAGAAACGCUGCAAGUACCUCGAACCAAAGCUUCCAUAAAGCUGCACUCGAUUUGAACGAUCACUUCUUCAUCCCCGGCUCUGUAGAGUAUCACGAGGGCAGAAACCUCGGGUCAGUUCCAGAUGAAGGCAAAGAACAUUUCAUUCCUGCGAUAUCCAGCCUCCCAAGAAUCAAUGCCCAUGGAGUUCUUGGCCAGAUUCUCUUCGAUGUUUGUGUACCCAAGAAUGUUGAGGGGUGGGAUAUAAGAUCGUCGCCCUCAUUCAGCAGGGGCUCGUUGGCACCUGGACGAAGGCAGUCACCUUUGAACCCCAUGAAGUGUAUACGUCGCUCCAGGUUAUAACGAUUGCAGCUGGCUUUCUGGGAUAUCACGAUUUGAGAGGAAAUGCAGGAAGCGCACAAAUGAUGAGCGAUAUGAUUAAAUGCAUAGUUUCAAUCUGCAGAUUGACGCUGGUGAGUGCAAACUUUCAGUAAUUUUUGCGGUUUGAUCUUGGCGAUGAGAAUAGUAUUCGUAAUCCAAGAGUGAUGGCUGUGCAUCAAUCUGCAGAAAACCACCACUUAUACAGUCUUUUUUUAUAGAGGGACUAUUGCAUUAUGUAUGAAGUACCAAAAUCUUGCUGAAACUGAUUGUGAUGCAAUGUAAUAGUAUGUUUCUCACUUUAUGUAAAUUUUAUAGUAUAUAAUCAUAUUAAUU